UUUAAAAAUUGAGUGGUUUCAUUUUUAUUAAAAUAGAAGAAGAAAAUAGUUGUCAUAGCAGCGGAUAAAAGUUUUAAAUUGUUUACAAAUGUCUGAUUUAAGUUUAAAUCAUAUAAUUUUAACACUAUAUUAAAUAUCAAUUGAUUUCCCACAACAUGGAAAACAUUGAAGGAGUAAGUCAAGAAGAAAAAAUAUCGUCUAUCAAAAAAAUGUGUAUAAGUUUACAAAGUGAAAACAGAAAAGAAAGAAAACAAACAUUGAUUGAUUUAGAAAAAUUUUUAAGUAGUAAAGAAAAUGUAUUCAGUAACCAGGAAUUGCAAACUAUAUUUGUUGAUAUACAUAUACACGUUUUAAAUGGCUUAAGAGAUAAGGCCGAGAGCGUCCGUGAACAAACUAUUCAUUUUUUAAAUGUUUUUCUAAUAGAUAAACUUCCAAUAAAUGACUAUUACCUAACUUAUGUUGUUCCAAUACUAGUUGAAAGAUUGGGAUCUGUCGAGAUUAUAGAGGAAUCUGAAGAAAUUAGACUUCAGCUAGUUCAGUUUUUAAAUGCCAUAAUUGCAAAAUACAGUAAUACUGCCCAGCUUGUUCCUUUUUUAAAUGAUACUGUUAUUAUACUAGCAGAAAGCGUUAAGGAUAAGUAUCCGGCUAUAAAAGAACUUAGCUGCCAAACAAUAGUAAAUCUUUCUAUUGCAUUACCUAAAGAUUUCCACAAACAAGCUGAAUCAUUAGUAAAACCUGUACUAACAUGUUUUUCUCAUCAGAGAUAUAAAGUAAGGAUAGAAGCAAUAAAAUCAAUUGGGGAAAUUAUUGUGCAUAGCAGUUAUAAAGCUCUAGAUGAAAGUGUAGGACCUCUUGCUGAGAAACUAUUUGACCAGAUUCCUAUGGUAAGAAGAGCUGUUGGGCAGGUUGCUGCUAAAUGGCUACUGGAAUACAGAGAUCGAUAUUCCUUCUUUCAUAAAAUAUUACCAUUAUUACUGACUGGUUUAAACGACGAAGUACUUGAAACUAGAAUGGAAGCUGCUACAUUGUGGGAGAAAGUGGGCCUACAGUACCAAAAGGAAAAUGAAAAAGAUUUUAAAGAUGAACUAGAUUACAUGACUCAGCUGCCGAAAUACUAUCCAGAAAACAUAGAGCGUCCAAAUUUGGGGUGUAGGGGUCUAGUCAAGCGAAACAUAUGUAAAAUAGCACCUGCAAUAGCCAGAGAACUUAUGAGUUGGCAAGAAGAUGUCAGACUGCGCUGUGCCCAGUUAUUGUGUUCCAUAGCCUUGCAUGCCGAAGAGGGGAUAACACAAAAUCUACAAGAAUUAUUAUUAUCUAUGUAUUCAGCAGCUAGAGAUGAUGACUCCAGAGUAGUUACCAAUAUAGAACGUGCCAGCGAAAUCAUUGGAUGUUUUGUGAAAUGUAAUAUAUGGUCACCGCUCGUAUUACCCAUUAUUGAAGAAGGGCCACAUUAUGGUCAUUUGACAGUUUUGCAAGGAUUGGUAAAAGGAGCUCCUCAAGAAUACAUACAUACUUACAUUGAAAAUAUUUGUAAAGUUUUAGCUGAAGAUUCGGUUUGUUGUAGCAGAAAGGAUAAAUAUCAAGUCGAGAUCAUUAAAUGUGUAAAAGCAUUAGCAGAAAAACACAAGACAAGUACUGAAAACCUAACAGGGUAUUAUCUUUUUAAAAUAGCAAUUUCCAUAUUUGCCUUGAAACAUCCAGAGAACAAUGAUAAAAUUAAAGACGAAGAAGUUCUAGAUGUAAUAACGAAAUCAUUACAGUUGGAAAAAACUCAACAACUUUGGUCUUUGUAUUCUCCAAGAGUUUUAAAUCACAUCAACAAAAAUCCUAAUUUAUGGGUCACCGUUAACGAGGAAGAGUGUAUAUUUUUGACGGUUUUGACGAAUAUGAAAGAAUCGUUUGGUCAAAAUUUGGAAGUUAUCAAAGACAUACUGGUGCAGGCCCUCGAUAUUGAGUGUGAUGCCGAAAGCCGCCUCAAAAUAUUCUAUGUAUUGGCAACACUCUUUGAGAAAAAAGAAAUCAUUUUUGAAAAUGGACAGGAAGUAACUGGAUUUUUGGAAAAAUUAGUACAAGAUAUUUUUGUACCUUCCUUGGUCUGGCAUGCAGGUGCGACAUCAGAAGCCAUAAGAACAAUGGCAGCUUCAUGUUUACAGAGCGCUUUACUACCAGCCGAAGGGGUAGAAUUGUUUACACAAGAAACUCUACAACCAGUGGUUGAUGAACUGCUGCCUCUUCUUAUAUCUUUACUAGAAGAUGCUUCCUAUCGUAGUAGACAAAUCGCUGCAGAUUGUUUAAUUCUUUUGAAGGAUAAUUGUUACAGGAAAAAUAUUUGGACCGUUGAUUAUUUGAUCAAGAUUUAUCCAGAAAUACUAAAAAGACUGGACGAUCCAACGGAUAAGGUACGACUGUCAGCACUCAGAAACUUGCCUUUGCUUUUCAGAGAUGCACCUGAAGCUUUUAAAAAUUUAAUUUACAGAUCUCAUCAUGAAUUAAUCAUUGAUACUUUGGUAAUCCAUUUUGAUGAUGAUGAAGAGUCUGUUCAAAAAAUGGUAAAAGAUAUUCUAUAUGAAGUUGCUAACAUCAACCGAAAAGAACUAUUAAAUAAAUUAGAACGUCAUAAACCGGUCCUGAGGAAUCAAAAAGGAUGUGAUGAAAUUAUAGAAUCCAUCGAAGGCUUAAAAAUUACGGAAAUUGAAAAUUAAUUUGAUCAUAUUUCCUACACACCACAAUACUUUUUCAAAUACAUUAUUUGUUUUACGUUGCGG